AUGUCUUCCCACGAUACCCGUUCCCUCCGCCAGUCAAAGCGGAUGUCAGUCACGACUUUAUAUAUGUCUAUGUCCGCAAAGGACAUGGAAAUGUCAGACGACUUGGCAAGAGCGCAAAAAUACCUCCGAGAAUUGAAAUCCAAGAUUUCAUCCCAAUCGAAGAAAAAUUUCGUCCUUGAGAAAGAUGUACGAUACCUAGAUUCACGGAUAGCCUUACUGAUUCAAAACCGGAUGGCACUGGAAGAGCAAAAUGAAGUGGCCUGCCACCUCGACGACGCCAUCGACCCCCAGGAGGGAUUCUUCCCUAGUGACGAGAAAACGCAAAAGUACGGCAACCUUCUUUUCCUCCUCCAGUCUGAACCCCGCCACAUCGCCCAUCUGUGUCGCCUGGUUUCCAUGUCCGAAAUCGAUUCCCUGCUUCAGACAGUCAUGUUCACUAUCUACGGAAAUCAGUACGAGAGCCGUGAAGAGCAUUUACUUCUGACCAUGUUUCAGUCCGUCCUAACGUACCAAUUUGAUAACACACCCGAGUACUCCUCGUUGUUACGCCAAAAUACUCCAGUUUCCCGGAUGAUGACCACCUAUACGCGCCGUGGUCCAGGCCAGAGCUACUUGAAACAAGUCUUGGCCGACCAGAUUAAUUCUCUGAUCGAGCUGCGUGAUGUCGAUCUGGAGAUUAACCCUUUGAAGGUAUAUGAGACAAUGGUGAAGCAGAUCGAGGAAGAUACAGGUUCUUUACCAGAUUACUUGGCCCGGUCUGUUACGGCGGAGGCCGCCGCAGAAAACGAACGAGUCCAGGCCAUCAUUGCACCGCGCUUGAGAAUGCUGACUGAUAUUGCCAAUGGUUUCCUGACGACGAUCAUUAACUCCGUUGAUGAGGCUCCUUACGGCAUCAGAUGGAUUUGCAAGCAGAUUCGGAGCUUGUCUCGACGCAAAUAUCCAGAUGCCCAGGAUCAAACCAUCUGUACCCUGAUCGGAGGCUUCUUUUUUCUGCGGUUUAUCAACCCUGCCAUCGUAACCCCGCGAUCCUACAUGUUGAUUGAGUCAAUCCCGACAGAGAGGCCUCGCCGCACCUUGACUCUUAUUGCGAAAAUGCUGCAGAACCUGGCCAACAAACCCUCAUAUGCCAAGGAGCCGUACAUGGCGAAACUUCAGCCCUUUAUCCAACAGAACAAGGAGCGUGUCAACAAGUUCCUGCUUGAUUUGUGCGAAGUCCAAGACUUUUAUGAGAGCCUGGAAAUGGACAACUACGUGGCGCUCUCGAAGCGAGACUUGGAGCUGCAGAUUACUCUCAAUGAGAUGUAUGCAACGCACGCACUUUUAGAGAAACACAGUAUUGCUUUGGCCCAAGACCAACACUCGCAUCUUCACGAACUCUUACAAGAACUUGGGUCGGCGCCUCAGCAGGUUCCAAGAAAGGAGAACAGGACCAUUACGAUACCCUUGUUCAGCCGAUGGGAAACGACUUUGGAUGACCUAACCGCUGCCCUCGACAUCACCCAGGAGGAAGUGUUCUUCAUGGAAGCCAAAUCAGCAUUUGUCCAGAUCCUACGGUCUUUGCCGCCGAACUCUUCGGUCGCGCGCCGCCCUUUGCGACUCGAUCGCAUCGCCGACACGGCAGCCACUCUGAAGAACGAUGUUAUGGUGCGGAAGGGAAUUCGUGCCAUAGAGCUGUUGAGUCAGCUUCAGGAAAUGGGAGUCAUCGAUCGCUCCGACGAAUUUAGUCUCCUGCGGGAUGAGGUAGAGCAAGAACUGGUGCAUCUGGGUUCCUUGAAAGAAAAGGUUCUGGACGAGACGAAGAAGCUCGAAGAGGUCUUCGCGACGAUCCGUGACCAUAAUGCCUACUUAGUGGGACAGUUGGAGACGUACAAGUCCUACUUGCAUAAUGUUCGCAGCCAGUCUGAGGGGAAACAAAGGAAACAGCAGAAGCACCAGGAGUUGGGGCCAUACAAAUUCACUCAUCAACAACUAGAGAAGGAAGGAGUGAUCCGCAAAAGUAAUGUUCCAGAAAACCGGCGCGCCAAUAUUUACUUUAUGUUCAAGAGUCCUUUGCCAGGAACAUUUGUCAUAAGCUUGCAUUACAAAGGACGUGCUCGCGGCCUCCUGGAGCUAGAUCUCAAGCUUGACGAUCUGCUGGAGAUGCAGAAGGAUAACCUUGAAGAUUUGGACCUGGAAUAUGUUCAGUUCAGCGUGUCAAAUGUGCUGAUGCUCUUGAACAAACGCUUCGCGCGAAAGAAGGGCUGGUAA